AUGGAUCUCCAGAGCCUGAAGGAUCAGGUUAGCAACCUGACUCUGUACGAUAUCAAGGCCGGCGUCCGCAAAGUGCAGAAUGCCGUAAUGAACUAUACAGAAAUGGAAGCAAAGGUCAGAGAGGCUACCAACAAUGAUCCAUGGGGGUGUCCAAGCACCCUUAUGCAAGAGAUCGCGAACGGAACGUACAACUACCAGCUACUGAACGAGAUUAUGCCCAUGAUCUACAAGCGAUUUACCGAAAAGGCGGCAGAAGAAUGGCGGCAGAUUUACAAGGCACUGCAACUACUCGAAUUCCUCAUCAAGAAUGGCUCCGAGCGAGUCAUCGACGAUGCGCGAUCGCACCUUUCCCUCCUUAAAAUGCUGCGACAAUUCCACUACAUAGAUCAGAACGGCAAGGAUCAAGGCAUAAACGUGCGCAACCGAUCAAAAGAGCUAGCAGAGCUUCUGAGUGACGUCGACCGCAUCCGAGCUGAGCGCAAAAAGGCAAGGACUACGAAGAACAAAUACGGCGGUGUGGAAGGAGGCAGCGGGUUUAGCACGGGCAUGUCCGGAGGUGGCAGCAGAUACGGGGGUUUCGGCAGCGAAGAACAAAGCGGAUAUGGCGGCUACAGCGGAGGCGUGUACGGAGAUGGCGGCGGGUUCGGAGGCAACUCUUCUGGUUUCUCGGACACUCAGGGCCGCCGCGACCGGUUCGAAGAAUACGACGAGUACGACGAAGGUGCAGCGCCAGCGUCCGGCAGGAGAAAGCAGGAGGCGCCACCCACCACUACCAAAAGAGAACCGCCGGCGAAAGCAGAGCCUUCAAAGCCCAAGGAACCGGAAGUGGAUCUUUUCUCAUUUGGAGAUGACGAACCGGCCGCGCCUACAUCUGCAUCAAACAGCAAGCAGCCAGCUACUAGCAACGACUUCGGCGUACUGCAUUCCGGUGGUGCCGAUGAUGACGACUUCGACGACUUCCAGUCCGCCGCGCCAUCCACCCAGAAAGCACCAUCGAUACCUGCACCUGCACCUGCACCUGCACCUGCACCUGCACCUGCACCUGCACCUGCACCUGCACCUGCACCUGCACCUGCACCUGCGCCUGCGCCUGCGUCCUUCGCCGCCUCCACAACUCAAUACGCCGCUCCUCAACCUCGAGCAGGCACGAACAACGCCAACUUUGCGGACAUCUUCAACACCCGUUCCCCCGCCCCAAGCAUGGCCGCGUCAAUAUCGUCUAGUGCCGCAUUCUCCCCCCCACCACUACAGCAAACUCAGCCCCUCAAGCCGUCGGGCUACCAGGCGAGCCAACCAAACUACUUCACAUCCGUACCGCUGGCAUCGUCUACUUCAACGCAAUCUCCAGUAACCUCCACCUCGAGCAUUAAGUCGCCCAUGGGCGCGAAGCCGGCUGCUGGCACAGCUAAGGCAGGCGGCGACGCCUUCAGUGAUCUGCUAGCGGGCACUAGCAUCAAGAAAUCCGGCACGCCCACCAAGGGCCUGACCAUGGCGGAUAUGGCGAAGCAAAAGUCUAGUGCCGGAAUCUGGGGUGCACCUGCACCAAGUACCUCCUCACCUGCUGCAAAGCCUGGGCAGACAGGCGGAGCGAAGACUGGAGGGAGUGCGCUGGAUGACUUGCUUGGGUAA